CCGUGGCGGCUCCAAAUCUCUCUCCCUCUCUCGAAAGGAGAAGGUGUGUGACCGUGGUCCGUGGGUGUCUACACUAGCCUUCCUGCUUCCCAAGAGAAAGAGAGAGAAAGAGAGAGAGAGAGAGAAACAAGGAAGCGGAGACUGAGCGUCAUCCAUGGCUUCUUGUAGCCUAGGAGCUUCUACAAAUACCAUAUUACCCAACCUACUGUCUGGCUUCAAGAAGAUUAAAUGCUCAAGACUGGAUAUAACUUUUAAGGUCAAUUCUGCUGGAGUGCAAACCUCAUUUGGGCUGAGAGGAAUUCAAUUAAGCCCUGACCAAGUCCAUGGCACAAAGUUUAGUUGGAAGUCUUUGCGGCCUGCAUAUCCAAUUGUUGUAAACUGUGGCAUAUCUUCUGCAAAGAAUGGUAUAGAAGUUGGCGCUUUGGAAGAAGAGAAAUCUACCAGGGAUCAGCUUAUUCCUUUUUCUCCAGAAGUGGAGUCUUUACUCAAUGUAAUUUGUGAUACAACUUCUAUUGCAGAGUUUGGACUGAAUCUUUCUGGCUUUCGACUCUAUGUAAAGAGGGAUAUAAAUGACAAAAUGUUAAACCUGGCCGCUUCAAGUCCUCCAAUCCAAAUAAGUUCUUCAAACGAAUUGUUGGAUCAAAAUGGCUUUGUAUCAACAACUUCCUUGACUCUUUCUAAACCAAAACCUUCUCCAGGAAGUUUCCAACAAAUACUUGACAGUUCCCAUGAUGAAGGAUUGAUGAUUCUUCAAUCCCCAAAGGUUGGAUUCUUUAGGAGAUCCAGAACCAUAAAAGGAAAAAAGGCGCCUCCAUCAUGUAAAGAGAAGCAACAGGUCAAAGAAGGUCAAGUAAUUUGUUAUGUUGAGCAGCUUGGUGGGGAGAUUCCAAUUGAGUCAGAUGUUUCAGGAGAGGUCAUCAAGAUAUUUAGACGAGAUGGUGAACCAGUAGGAUAUGGUGAUGCUCUCAUAGCGAUUCUCCCUUCCUUUCCAGGGAUUAAGAAGCUACAGUAGGGAAUGGGGAGGUUACCUUCUCUUAUAAGCCAAAUUUUUGUUUUUUCUUUUGGAUAUUGAUAUGUAUAGGUCGUGUCUUUAUCCAGUUGCAUCAUUUGAGAAAUUUGGUAAUAGUAGCAGGCUCUAGGAUUAUUGUGCCAUGGAAACAACUCUCUAUGGAUUUCGACAGGAUUUGUCUAUUAAGGCUGUUGGGCUAUUGUGUUCGUUUGUUGCACACCCUUCGUUGAAGUAUUUUAGAAUUC